AUGAAAAAUCUUCAUAGUAUCCUUAGGAAAGACCUUCAAUUCUCUCAAGAACGAAUGGCUCAUUACUAUAAUAAAAAGCAUCUAGAAGCUCCUUUAUUAAAAAAAGGAGAUAAAACAUAUCUACUUGCACAAAAUUUGAAAACCAAGCGCCCUAAAAAACUUAAUUUUCAGAAAUACAGCCCCUACACAAUCAAAAAACAAUUGGGUAAACACCAAUACGAAUUGGACAUACCUGGACCCUCACAAAUUCAUCGCACAUUUCAUAUUUCUCUCUUGGAACCCGCUCCACCUAAACUACGGGAAGACCCAGAAAACAUGGAAAUCGAAUACAACAAUUACACCGAAUACGACGUCGAAAAGAUCCUCAAAGGACCUAAUAAGAAUAACAAAUAUCUUGUUCAAUGGUCUCUACCCUAUGGCCCAGAAGACGACUCCUGGCAGCCAAAGGAAAACAUCUCCCCAAAACUCAUCCAGUCCUAUCUAAAGCAACCCGGAAUGCUCACUCAGCAAAGCAACGCAGCGCCAAAGAAAAGACGUGGACGACCUAAGAAGAAUGCCGAUUAG